AUGUCAUUCUCUGGAAAAACCGUAAUCAUCACUGGAUCUUCAAAUGGAAUCGGAAGAUCGGCAGCUCUUCUUUUUGCUCAAGACGGAGCAAAUGUUACAAUCACAGGAAGAAAUGCAGAGAGACUUGAAGAAACCAGAAAACUCAUUUUGAAAUCUGGAGUCUCAGAGAGUCAUCUGAAUUCUGUUGUGGCCGAUGUCACCACUUCUGAUGGACAGAAUUUGUUGGUCAAAUCCACUUUGGACAAGUUUGAAAAAAUUCAUAUUCUUGUGAUUCUCAGAGUCCAAGUCCAAAUGUAUCGCAAAACUUAA